GGUGGGCGAACAACCAAAAUCGACGCUGGCAUGCAUUGUUCACUCUGAGAAGUUGGUGUCCUCUGAGUCCCGACCGGUUCCAAAGGAAUUGGAUAAAAUGUCUGAGUAAGAUAGGCAGCUGUCUCCAAGUCGUGUUUUGGUUCUUCCUUUUUUUGUUUUUGCUCGUUUUUCUUUUUGGAUUUAGAAUCCUUUGACUUGGAUUGUUUUUUAGGCGAUGGAGAAGGUGGUCGACUGGGCGAAGGCAAACUUUGAGUUUUCUAAAAAAAGAUUUUUAAAGUUCAAUUUUGUAGCAACAUUUUACUUGUUUUAUUUGGGAUUUGACAAUCUUUUUCUCCGGAUAUUCCUCCUCCGCCUGUCUAACUGCAACACAGCAACAAGUGAUCAAAAAGAUGAAAAGCCAGAUGGACUGAAACAUAACAAAGGAUAUUAAUGUC